CCUCCGGCCCCGGCUCGCUCCCCUUGGCAACUUUGGACGAGAGUUCUAGAAGCUUCCAGAGCCUUCGGCGCGACCGAGCGAGCGAGCUCUCCACACCGUAGGAGCUGCUGGAGUAGAUCUGAAUAGGAGGAUUGAAGCAGCGAGAGAAGAUGAGCGUGGUGGGCUUUGAUCUAGGGAAUGAGAGCUGCAUUGUGGCGGUCGCGCGGCAGCGCGGCAUUGACGUGGUCCUCAACGAGGAGUCAAAGCGGGAGACUCCCGCGAUUGUGUGCUUCGGCGACAAGCAGCGUUUCAUUGGGACGGCUGGCGCAGCUUCUUCCACAAUGAACCCAAAGAAUUCUAUCUCUCAGAUCAAGCGGCUCAUUGGGCGGAAGUUCUCCGAUCCUGAACUGCAGAGUGAUCUAGCGGCCUUCCCCUUCCGCGUGUCGGAAGGCCCGGACGGUUUCCCUCUUGUUCAUGCUCGUUACCUUGGCGAAGAGAGGGUCUUCACUCCCACACAGCUAAUGGCGAUGGUUCUUUCAAAUUUGAAGGCCAUCGCAGAGAGCAACCUGAAUGCUGCUGUUGCUGAUUGCUGCAUAGGCAUUCCGGUGUACUUCACAGACCUUCAGCGUAGGGCUGUGCUUGAUGCUGCCACCAUUGCUGGCCUCCGCCCAUUGCGGUUGUUUCAUGAGACCACCUCAACAGCUUUGGCAUAUGGUAUUUACAAGACUGAUCUUCCGGAGAGUGACCAAUUAAAUGUUGCUUUUGUGGAUGUUGGACAUGCCAGCAUGCAGGUUUGCAUUGCUGGUUACAAGAAGGGGCAGCUUAAGGUCUUGUCACAUGCAUAUGACCGGUCCCUUGGUGGGAGGGACUUCGAUGAAGUCCUGUUUAAGUACUUUGCAGCCAAGUUCAAGGAUGAGUACAAGAUAGAUGUUUACCAGAAUGCUCGUGCGUGCACUAGGCUCCGCGUGGCCUGUGAGAAACUCAAGAAGGUUCUGAGUGCUAACCCUGAGGCACCAAUGAACAUUGAGUGCUUGAUGGACGAGAAGGACGUGAGAGGUUUUAUCAAGAGGGAUGAGUUUGAACAAAUCAGUGCACCAAUACUGGAACGUGUUAAGGGGCCACUGGAGAAGGCUUUAGCAGAAGCUGGUCUAACAACAGAGAAUGUCCAUUUUGUUGAAGUUGUUGGGUCGGGUUCUCGUGUCCCGGCGAUAAUUAAGAUACUCACGGAAUUCUUUGGGAAAGAACCAAGGAGGACAAUGAAUGCCAGCGAGUGUGUUGCCAGGGGAUGCGCUCUGGAGUGCGCUAUUCUUAGUCCCACUUUCAAAGUGCGAGAGUUUCAGGUUAACGAUGGCUUCCCUUUCUCAAUUGCAAUGUCCUGGAAACCGGAUUCCCAGAAUGGUGACUACCAGCAGACUGUUGUAUUCCCCAAGGGUAACCCAAUGCCAAGCGUUAAAGCAUUGACCUUCUAUAGGUCCAAUACAUUUACCAUAGAUGUCACAUAUGUUGAUACUGGUGAUUUGCAAAUAUCACCAAAGAUCAGCACUUACACGAUUGGCCCUUUCCAUCCCAGCAAAGGUGACAAAGCAAAAUUGAAAGUGAAAGUCCGCCUUAACAUCCAUGGGGUAGUCUCAGUUGAAUCAGCAACGAUGUUGGAGGAGGAGGAAGUGGAAAUACCAGUAGUGGCUACAACUGAGGCGAAAGAUUCUACCAAGAUGGAGACAGAUGAGGCACCCAACGAGGCUGCUGCUGGAACUGAUGUAAACAUGCAGGAAGCCAAAACCUCUGCAGAUGCUGCUGCCGAGGGUGCUGAAAAUGGCACAACAAAUUCUGAGGAAAAAUCAGUUCCUAUGGAAACUGAUGCCAAGGUCGAGCCAUCAAAGAAGAAAGUAAAGAAAAUUAAUGUUCCAGUUGCUGAGUUGGUUUAUGGUGCCUUGGGAACAAAAGAGUUGGACAAGGCUGUGGAAAAAGAGUUUGAAAUGGCUCUUCAGGACCGGGUGAUGGAAGAGACAAAAGAUAAGAAGAAUGCCGUGGAGUCUUAUGUUUAUGACAUGCGCAACAAGCUUUACGACAAGUACAAUGAUUUUGUGACAUCUGAAGACAAGGAAGCAUUAAUUGCCAAGCUUCAAGAGGUUGAGGAUUGGUUGUAUGAAGAUGGUGAGGAUGAGACCAAGGGAGUGUAUGUUGCUAAGCUUGAAGAACUUAAAAAGGUCCAUCUCUUUAUCCAUCUUCUUUCAUUUAUUGUUUAUUCUACUUACAUCUUGUUAGCUUCUAUAUUGAGAAGUCUUGAUGGUUUUUGGUCGCAGGUGGGGGAUCCCAUUGAGGCAAGGCACAAGGAAUGGAUGGACAGAGGUCCUGCAAUCGACCAACUUGCUUACUGUAUCAACAGUUUCAGAGAGGCUGCCUUGUCCAAAGACCCGAAGUUUGAUCACAUUGACAUAGAGGAGAAACAGAAGGUCAUUAACGAGUGUUCUGAAGCAGAGGUCUGGCUGAGAGAGAAAAAGCAGCAGCAAGAUGCAUUGCCGAAGCAUGCUAAUCCUGUUCUACUUUCAUCUGACAUAAAGAAAAAGGCUGAAACGGUCGACAGGUUUUGUAAGCCGAUAAUGACGAAGCCAAAACCAGCUCCUAAGCCGCAGACACCCCCACAAACGCCUCCGACCGAGACCGGUGGAGCCCAGACACCAGAGCAGCAACCCCAGGGUGCCGAGGCAGCCGCUGAGCCGGGCAGCGAGGGUGGCGCCACUGAAUCCGCCGGUGAGCAAAUGGAGACGGACAAACCGGAGGGAACUGAAGCUGCCUAGACUGAAGCUGGGGAAACGUUUUUCAGUUUCCUCACUAGCUGCUGCUGCUGGGCUUGUCUUCGUUGCCAGUUUCCGAUAGCGAAGUUCAGUAGAGGUUUCCCUAGGGAUGGAUUAAUGAUUCACCAUACUUAUGCGAGGGUCAUCUGCGUGGACGUACGUUUAGGUUUAUCCUAAUGUACCAAUGUGUUGUUAAAAUCGGCUUUCCAUUUUUCUUUUUCUGCCAAGGGGGGUUUCCUUUCAAUUCGAGGUAUAAGGGCACGUUUCAGAUUUGGUGUCCUACCGGGGUGGGUGUUAUAGCGGGGCUUACAAUGGAACUCAAACUUUCAAGUCCAGUGUAUCAACUGAUUCUUGUUGCAUGGAAAUUGCACGCUUCUGAAUUCACCUUA